AUGGCCAAGGCUGCUGUUGCUGCCGUCAGCCUUGGUGCGUCGGUCAUAAGCUUCAUUGGACUGACCGGUCAAAUUCCUCAAGGUUGUCAAUUUAUUUGUGACUGUUUCGACGACAUUAAUGGCGCACCUAAAGCAGUGAUAUACAUACUUGAGCAGCUGAAAGGUUUCGAGAAAGGCCUUCGAAACUUUCAAUAUACCCUUGAGAAGGUGAAGGAGUGCACAGACAUAACAGACAUAUCAGAAUCAGAAGACAAGAUCAAACUGGCCCCUGGAGCUUACAGACUCCACCAGGCGAAGAUCAAUAUUGUUGACAUAAAAUACAGAUUGAAUCUACAUACAACAAAUGGUACUUGCAACUGCCACCACGCAAUCUAUGCCCAGUGCCUCGACAACCAUAAUAACUACACAAAUCACCGAACCUUCGAACGGACAAAAGCUCUUACCAGCGAUCGGGCCUAUGGAGAUUUCACAUAUGUCAUCCAUAAAGGUGUUUAUGCUGGACUUGACCCAAUUUUGACGCAAAUGGUCAAGAUCAGUGUCAACACGGCUCUAAAAGACCUCAAUUUCAACAAUCGAUCUGACAUUGAAGCUCACACCGUGAGCAAACACUUGCUUGGAAACAAUGAACAAUUGCCGGCAACCAAGGGUUGUGGUGACAGCCUCUUAGAUGUGCGUAGCAAUCCUAGGGUUGUCCAACAAAAUACUACGAAAAGCACAAUUAAUGCUUGGCUGGCGACAAUAAUUAUUCGAUCAACAACGGCAAUCUUACAGCAGAGAUUUUGCGACGAUGCGAGCGAUUUAGAAGAGCCCUUAGUGACCUCAAAGACUACUCACAAGAUUGAUAUCUGUCCCAAACAUCUUAUACAAGCGCGAUAUCUUGUCUUCAUCGAUCAGCAAAGGAGGGGCUCAAUUUUUGGGUGUUCUGAUAUGCGAUUAAGAUGCUAUAACAAAGUCCCGUUUAAUGCUCCAAUUGCCAAAGCUUGUCGUAUGGGUGAAUUAUCCAUGGUGCGUAGAUUGGUUGCGGAGGGAAAAGCUACCCCUCACGAUAUGACAUCAUCCAAUGAGAGAAGAACCAUAUCUUCACUACUGUUUCAUGUUUGGGAAUGA